AAGGUGACGCUGUACCAGUACGACGUGUGCCCCUUUUGCAACAAGGUGAAGGCGUACUUGGACUACCGCGGCAUUCCCUACGACGUCGUGGAGGUCAACCCCCUGACCAAGUCGGAGAUCAAGUUCAGCAAGGAGUACCGCAAGGUUCCCAUCGUGAUGGUGGACGACGAGCAGCUCAACGACUCGGCCCACAUCAUCGCCACGCUCGACGAGAGACUGGGCAAGAUCGCGCCCCCCGGGUUCAUCGGGGGCAAGGCCAUGACCGAGAAGGAGGAGAAGUGGGCCAAGUGGGUGGACGCCUGGUUCGUGCACGUCAUCACCCCAAACAUCUACCGCACGUGGGCCGAGGCUUUCAAGUCGUUUGACUACAUCACCGAGCGGGGUAAGUUUGGCUGGGUGGAGCGUCAGAGCGUUCGACUCUCCGGCGCCGUCUCCAUGUACCUCAUCAGCCAGAACGUGCUGAAGAAGAGGCACGGCAUCGAGGACGAGAGGCUGGAGCUUUACAAGGCGCUGGAGGACUGGAUGGAGAACGGCGUGGGCGGCGCGGCGUUUUGCGGAGGCGACGUGCCAAACGUGGCGGAUAUCAGCGUAUUCGGCGUGCUCAGGGCGGUGAAGACCUUCGAGACGUUCGACGACGCCCUGGCAAACGUCAAGAGCGUGGAGGGCUGGUACAGGAGGAUGGAGAAGGAGGUUGGAGAGGCGACCAGGACCGACGGCAUCGCCAACUGA